AUGAUGGCCUCAGAUAACGUUUCUGACAAGGCUACGUUCAACGAGGGCUUGGCUACUAUAAAUCAACGACGAAUUCUCCUUCAAAAGAGUAUUGAACAGCUUGCAGCUCCUUCAGUUCGUGGGUACAUUAAUUCUAUCAGCAUCUCAACUGGCAACAAUCUUCAAGAUAUUCUUCGGCUGAUCAAUCAACUCUUCCAAUUCGGCCACUUCGCUGAAAUUCAAUCAGUAGUUCGUGAUGGAUUGAGCAAGAUUCGUCUACAGAAUUGGCUACCCGUACUUCAGCAACUUCUUGCACGAAUUGAUACUCCUCAUGAACAUGUGGCCAGUAUUAUUGUGGAUCUUAUUAUUGGAGUUAGUCGCCAAUAUCCGCAAUCUGUAGUAAAUAACCUUGUAUUGGCGUUUAAGUCUGGUGGAUCUGAUAGAAGACGAUACUAUGCAACGAAGAUCCUCUACUUUAUGGAAGAGCACAGUCCACGUCUGGUGUAUGAGGCCUUUCUGGUAAGCUUUACAACUGAGUUUGGUACUAAAAAAAGGCCUCUAUUGGUUCAUAAUGUAGUCUCAGUGGAUGACUUAUUCAAACCACAUAUAUAUAAGUUGAAGAGUUCUGAGUUGUCCAGCAAGCCAUUAAUAUAA